AUGAAGCCACGGGCCAAAGUCCGGGUCCCUAGAAGGGGAAUGACGGGGCGGAACGAGAACGAUGACUUCGCCUCUAUCUGGAGCAUAUUGGCAUCUUCCAUACGUGAAAUUCAUACCAAAAACUCCUCUCUGCUCUCUUUUGAAGAGCUUUAUCGAAGUGCUUAUAAGCUUGUCUUACGCAAACAGGCUAUGGAUCUAUACGAUAAAGUAGCCAACUUGGAGAAGGAUUGGUUAUACAACGAAGUUCGCGGGCAAGUCGCAAGUUUAAUUACUCCGGCUCUGCUCACCAUCACCGACUCAGCUGAUACAAUUGAGCAUGCAAACGAAAGAAAGGCAGCGGGAGAGCGGUUACUAAUAAAGCUCAAGGAAGUCUGGGAAGACCAUCAGCUCUGCAUGGGCAUGAUCACGGAUGUUCUGAUGUACAUGGACCGUGUAGUGAUGCAAGAACUCCGUCAGCAAUCCAUAUUCGAUACAUCAAUGUGUUUCUUCCGCGACUGCGUCCUGAGAUCCGACAUUGGUGGAGAUGAGAGCGCUACUAUUUCUUCCGUCUUCGAAAACACACUUCUCUUCAUGAUACGGCUUGAACGUGAAGGAGUUAUCAUAGACCGCGCUCUGAUCAGGCACUGUGUCUAUAUGCUGGAAGGCCUCUACGAGGAUGGUAUGGAUCAGGCAAGUGGGAAAUUAUACCAUACCACCUUUGAGCCUGCGUUUCUUAAAGCAAGCCGCAGAUACUACGCCGCAGAAGGUCAGAGACUGCUAACAACCACCGAUGCGGCCACUUUCUGUAAGCGAGUCACGGCUAGAAUCAGAGAGGAGCAGUCGUGGUGUCAGCAAACAUUGUCUCCCGGGACGGAGGCCAAAAUUAUGGAAGUUAUCGAUGACUGCCUUAUCAGAGACUAUAUCGGCGAGGUCAUACGCAUGGACGACAGCGGUGUGAAAUAUAUGACCCAAAACGACAGAUUGGAGGACUUGCGCAAUGUCCACGAGCUCAUCAGUCGCGUUGAUGUAAAAAAGGCAGCUUUAACGAAGGUUGUGCAGCAGACCGUCGUUGAAUAUGGGACGGCCAUCAACAAUGCAGCCCAGGAAUUCUCACAGAAUCCAUCAGCAUCUACGACGCCGGAUAAACAGCCGGCUAUGAACUUGCAGACUGCUGCCGCAAUAAAGUGGGUUGACGAUGUCCUCCAGCUGAAGGAGAAAUUUGAUCGAAUAUGGGAAGAAGCAUUUGUCAAAGAUCAAUUAAUGCAGACAUCUCUUACGACAAGUUUCUCGGACUUUAUUAAUAUUAACCCUAGAAGUACUGAAUAUCUAUCUCUCUUCUUUGACGAAAACCUGAGAAAGGGUAUCAAGGGCAAGACGGAAGAAGAGGUUGACACACUUAUCGACAAUGGGAUCACCCUACUACGAUACAUUCGCGAUAAAGAUCUCUUCGAGGUAUAUUACAAGAAACAUCUCUCUCGCCGACUGCUUAUGAAGCGGUCGGUAAGUAUGGAUGCUGAGCGCCAGAUGAUUGCGAAAAUGAAGAUGGAGGUAGGGAACACAUUCACACAGAGACUGGAGUCCAUGUUCAAGGACAUGGCUGUCUCCACUGACCUCACCUCUAAUUAUCGGGAUUAUAUCUCGCGACAGGGUGAUCCAGAUCCCAAGCGAGUCGAAUUGGAAAUGAGUGUUCUCACAAGCACGAUGUGGCCUAUGGACAUAAUGAGUAGUUACAACAGAAACGGACAGGUCCAACCUCCAUGCGUCUUCCCUAAAAAUAUCGAAUCACUCAAACAGAGCUUUGAACGAUUUUACCUUGAUAAGCAUAGUGGGAGAAAGUUGUCGUGGUUGCCGGGCAUGGGAACAGCUGAUAUAAGAGCCACCUUCAGACGGCCUAACGGCAAGGUCGAACGACACGAUCUCAAUGUCUCAACAUAUGCAAUGGUCAUCCUACUGCUUUUCAAUGAAUUGCCUGUUGGCGAGUCCCUCACAUUUGAGGAAAUCCAAGAACAAACUAAUAUCCCCACUAACGAACUUAUAAGGAACCUUCAAUCUCUCGCCGUUGCACCAAAGACUCGUGUUUUGCGCAAAGAGCCAAUGAGUAAAGGCGUGCAACCUACGGAUAGAUUCUUCUUCAAUGACCAGUUUACAAGCAAGUUUACAAGACUGAAGAUCGGUGUCGUUAGCUCUGGCGGAAACAAGGUAGAGAACAAGGAGGAGCGAACAGAAACGGAGAAGAAGACCAGUGAUGAGCGAGGAGGUACCAUCGAAGCAGCCAUUGUGCGAAUCAUGAAACAACGAAAAAAACUGGCGCACUCGCAGUUGAUCACGGAGGUAAUCUCCCAGCUUGCCGCACGCUUCACACCAGAUGUGAACAUGGUAAAGAAACGAAUUGAAAGCUUAAUAGACCGCGAAUACUUGGAGCGCGUCACGGAUUCAGAUCCACCAGCGUACACUUAUGUUGCAUAG